AUGGAAAACAGGAACAAUGUGACUGAGUUCAUUCUCCUGGGCCUCACCCAGAACCCAGAGGGGCAAAAAGUUCUAUUUGUGACAUUCUUACUCAUCUACCUUGUGACAAUCAUGGGCAACCUGCUCAUCAUGGUAACGAUUGUGGCUAGUCAGUCCCUGGGCUCACCUAUGUACUUCUUCCUGGCUUAUCUGUCAUUUAUAGAUACUGUCUAUUCCACUACCAUUGCUCCCAAAAUGAUCAUAGACUUGCUCCAUGAGAAAAAGACUAUUUCCUUCCAAGCUUGUAUGACUCAAGUAUUUUUAGAUCAUUUAUUUGCUGGUGCUGAAGUUAUUCUUCUGGUGGUGAUGGCCUAUGACCGAUAUGUGGCCAUCUGUAAGCCUCUUCAUUAUUUGACCAUAAUGAAUCGGCAGGUGUGUGUUCUCAUGCUGCUGGGGGCCUGGACUGGAGGUUUUCUUCACUCAUUAGUUCAAUUUAUCAUCAUUUCUCAGCUCCCUUUUUGUGGUCCCAAUGUUAUUGACAACUUUUUGUGUGAUAUGUAUCCUCUACUGCAACUUGCUUGCACCAAUACCUACCUCAUUGGGCUUUGGAUGAUAGCUAAUGGAGGGGCAAUUUGCAGUGUCACCUUCUUAAUUCUCCUGGUUUCCUAUGGAGUCAUAUUGCACUCCCUGAAGGCACAUGGUUUGGAAGGGAAACGCAAAGCCCUCUACACCUGCGCAUCACACGUCACGGUGGUUGUUUUAUUCUUUGUACCUUGCAUCUUCCUGUAUGCGAGGCCUAACUCUACAUUUCCCAUCGACAAGUCCGUGACAGUGGUUUUAACUUUCAUAACCCCUAUGUUGAAUCCCUUAAUCUACACACUGAGGAAUGCAGAAAUGAAGAGAGCCAUGAGGAGACUUUGGAGUAAAAUGAUAUGUAUUGAUAAAAUCAGGGUAAUCAGCUUAGUUAUUAUCACAAAUAUCAUUUGCUCAUAUUAG